AUGGGCGAUCUGAAGCAAGGACUUGGGGUGGCUCUAGAGGCUCAGAGGCUCGACUGGGUUGAGAAGUUUAUCACUUAUAAGGAGUCUAUGGUCGCUGAGAUGCUUCUAUACUGCAAAACGAAUGCCCUGGAAGUAGUGGAUGACCGUCAGUUCCGUAGCAAGGUGUUGGAGCUUCUCAUUAAAAUCUACAAGACCGUGCCAGCGGGUCGUGACCGUGACUGGGCUGGUUUGGCGCAAUGUUACUUCCUCCUGAACAAACCUGAGGAGGUUGGGACCAUGCUGAGGGAGCUUCUGGACGAUCACGACAAAUUUGGUCGCCUUAUGGCCAUGCAAAUCGCCUUUGAUCUGGCCGACAGCGAAGCGCAGCAGUUCUGUCAGACGGUCUCGGCAUGUGAUGACCUCAAGUUGUCGGAUGGUGGUGACACUGGGGUGACAGAGGGAGAUGUGAAGAUGGAGAAGGCUGAGGCCCCUGCUGGUGAUAAGAAGAAGGAGUGCAUUGCGAACAUAAAGAAGAUUCUCGCUGGUGCGUUGGGGGGAUGGGAACGUGAUGUGGUGAAGUUAUGGUAUUGCUCGAUUGGUAGGCGAUGCCCAGACUGA